AGUCAGAGAUUUUGUGGUUCAUCAUAUAAAAAUGCUGCUGAUUGUGUUCCUCAUAAUCAUUUGCUCCCAUGUUUCUGUGAACCAAGAUUCUGGCCCUCAGUAUGCAGAUGUCGUGUUUCUGGUGGACAGCUCUGAUCAUCUGGGGGUGAAGUCCUUCCCUCUUGUGAAAACGUUCAUCAACAAGAUGAUCAACAGUCUCCCCAUAGAGGCCAGCAAAUACCGCGUGGCGCUGGCCCAGUACAGCGACGAGCUCCACAAUGAAUUCCAGCUGAACACCUUCAAGGGCAGGAACCCCAUGUUGAACCACCUCAAGAAGAACUUCUCGUUCAUGGGCGGUUCCCUGCGGCUCGGAAACGCUCUCCAGGAGGCUCAUAAGACCUACUUCUCUGCACCUGCGAACGGGAGAGACAAGAAACUGUUUCCCCCGAUUUUGGUGGUCCUGGCUUCAGGGGAGUCCGAGGACGACGUGGAAAAGGCUUCCGAGGCUCUGCGCAAAGACGGGGUGAGAAUCAUCUCCGUGGGGCUGCAGAAAGCUUCGGAGGAGAACCUGAAGGCCAUGGCCACGGCUCAGUUUCACUUCAACCUUCGGACGGUCCGAGACCUCAGCGCGUUCUCCCAGAACAUGACGCAGAUCCUCAAGGAUGCGGCUCAGUACAAGGAAGGAGCAGUCAAUGAUACUCUUCUCGAAGUUUGCCAAGGCCCUUCCGUGGCCGACGUUGUGUUCCUGUUGGAUGUGUCCGUCAAUGACAGCCAGGAGAACAUGGACUAUCUUAAAGAAUUCCUAGAAGAAAGUGUAUCUGCUCUUGACAUAAAGGAAAACUGCAUGAGGGUUGGCCUUGUGGCCUAUAGCAAUGACACACAGGUGAUAAACUCACUGAGCAGGGGCAUCAAUAAGUCGGAGGUUCUCCAGUAUAUACAGAACCUCUCUCCCCAGGCUGGGAAGGCCUACACCGGAGCUGCCAUCAGAAAGAUCGGGGAGGAGGUCUUCAGUGUACAGAACGGCAGUCGGAAGAAUCAGGGAGUGCCCCAGAUUGCCGUGCUGGUGACCCACCAACCAUCGGAAGACAACGUGACCAAGGCAGCCCUGAACCUCCGGCGCCAGGGAGUGGCCAUCUUCACCAUGGGCAUAGACAGUGCUAGCGACACCCAGCUGGAAAAGAUCGCAUCGCACCCCGCCGAGCAGUAUGUCUCCAAGCUGAAGACCUUCUCAGACCUGGCUGCCCACAACCAGACGUUUCUGAAGAAGCUGCGGAACCAAAUAACGCACACAGUCUCUGUCUUUUCAGAACGGACCGAAACCCUCAAAUCCGGCUGUGUGGACACUGAAGAAGCAGACAUCUACCUGCUCAUUGAUGGCUCCGGGAGCAUCCAGGACACAGACUUCCAAGAAAUGAAGACCUUCCUGUCAGAGGUCGUAAAGAUGUUCAACAUCGCUCCCCAGAAGGUGCGGGUGGGGGCCGUUCAGUACGCUGACAGCUGGGACUUGGAAUUUGAGAUCAAUAAAUACUCUAACAAGCACGAUCUGGGGAAGGCUAUUGAGAACAUGAGGCAGAUGGGUGGGAAUACAAAAACAGGUGCUGCCCUGAAUUUCACACUGGGACUGCUGCAAAAAGCAAAGCAGCAGCGAGGAAACCGAGUGCCGUGUCAUCUGGUCGUCCUGACAGACGGCAUGUCCCAGGAUAGCGUCUCGGAGCCUGCUAGAAGACUGAGAGAGGAGCUCAUCCGUGUUUAUGCCAUCGGGGUCAAGGAGGCCAACCAAACACAGCUGCAAGAAAUUACAGGCGAGGCAAAGAGAGUGUACUACGUGCACAACUUUGACGCUUUGAAAGACAUAAGAAACCAAGUUGUCCAAGAAAUCUGUACUGAAGAAGCCUGCAAAGAGAUGAAAGCUGACAUCAUGUUUCUGGUGGACAGUUCUGGCAGUAUAGGAUCUGAGAACUUCAUCAAAAUGAAAACAUUUAUGAAGAACCUGGUGAGCAAAUCUCAGAUCGGGGCCAAUCGGGUGCAAAUCGGCGUUGUCCAGUUCAGUGACAUCAAUAAGGAGGAGUUUCCGCUCAACAAAUACACGUCCCAGAGCGAAAUUUCAGAUGCCAUAGACCAAAUGGCUCACAUUGGACAAACCACGAUGACUGGUAGUGCCCUGACCUUCGUGUCUCAGUACUUCAGCCCCACCAAGGGGGCCCGGCCCAAUAUCAGGAAGUUUCUCAUCCUCAUCACAGAUGGGGAAGCUCAUGAUAUCGUCAAGGACCCAGCGGUAGCACUUCGGCAAGACGGCAUAAUUAUCUACUCUGUGGGAGUGUUCGGCUCCAAUGUCACCCAGCUGGAGGAGAUCAGCGGGACGCCAGACAUGGUUUUUUAUGUUGAGAAUUUUGACAUUCUGCAGCGCAUUGAAGAUGAUCUUGUUUUUGGAAUAUGCAGCCCCCGUGAAGAAUGCAAGCGAAUUGAAGUUUUGGACGUUGUAUUUGUAAUUGACAGCUCUGGUAGCAUUGACCAUGAUGAAUAUAAUAUCAUGAAGGAUUUCAUGAUAAACCUGGUGAAAAAAACUGAUGUUGGCAAGAAUCAGGUCCAAUUUGGGGCUAUGAAGUAUGCUGAUGACCCACAGGUACUAUUUUAUCUGAAUGACCUUGGCACAAAAUCACAGGUGAUCUCAGCACUCCAGAGUGACCAGAUAAUUGGGGGCAACACGUACACUGCCGAGGCACUAGGCUUCUCAGACCACAUGUUCACUGAAGCCCGUGGCAGCCGCCUGCACCGAGGGAUCCCCCAAGUCCUCAUCGUGAUCACCGACGGGGAAUCUCACGAUACAGCAGAGCUCAAUGCCACAGCCAAGGCCUUGCGAGACAAAGGCAUUCUGGUCCUGGCUGUGGGGAUCGCUGGUGCUAACCCCAUGGAGCUGCUAGCCAUGGCAGGAUCAAGUGACAAGUACUUCUUCGUGGAGACUUUUGGAGGCCUGAAGGGGAUAUUUUCAAAUGUGUCAGAAAGUAUGUGCAACACUUCAAAAGUAGAUUGUGCAAUUGAAAAAGUAGAUGUAGUUUUCCUCAUGGAUGGUUCGAAUAGCAUCCAUCCAGAUGACUUCAAGAAGAUGAAGGCGUUCCUGGCAUCUGUUGUUCAAGACUUUGCUGUCAGUGCCAACGGAGUGCAUGUAGGAGCAGCCCAGUUUAGCCAUACCUAUAGGGCAGAGUUUCCACUGGGAAAGUUCAUGGGCAAAAAGGAGAUACUGCUUCAGAUUGAAAACAUCCAGCAGAUCUUUGGCUACACAAGCAUUGGCGCUGCACUCCAGAUGGUGGGGAGUUACUUCCGGCCAGACAUGGGCAGCCGGAUAAAUACAGGUACCCCACAGGUGUUGCUGGUCCUCACAGAUGGCCAGUCCCAAGAUGAGGUGGCUCAGGCCGCUGAAGACCUGAGACGCAAAGGGAUUGACAUUUACACCGUGGGCAUCGGGAGCGUGGAUGACCAGCAGCUCAUUCAGAUCACCGGGACCGCAAGUAAGAAACUUACGGUUCAAAACUUCGAUGAAUUGAAGAAGGUCAAGAAAAGGAUAAUUCGCAGCAUCUGUACCUCGAAGGGUGACAGCAAUUGUUUUGUGGAUAUUGUGGUAGGAUUUGACAUCUCAACUCAGCAGAAGGGGCAGACUUUCCUCGAUGGUCAACCUUGGAUUGAAACCUACCUCCCAGACAUCUUACGUGCCAUCAGCUCCCUCAAUGGGGUCAGCUGCGAGGUGGGCACAGAGACUCGAGUCAGCAUGGCUUUUCAAGUGACGAAUGCCAUGGAGAAACAUUUCCCAAAGUUUGAGAUCUACAGUGAAAACAUACUGAAUAGCUUGAAGGAUGUAACAGUUAAAGGACCAUCGUUCCUCAACGCAAACUCCUUGAGUUCCCUGUGGGAUGUGUUUCAGAAUAAAUCUGCCGCUCGGGGCAAGGUGGUCCUCUUAUUUUCAGAUGGAUUAGAUGACGAUAUAGAAAAACUUGAACAAAAAUCUGAUGAGCUUAGAAAAGAAGGCCUGAAUGCCCUCAUAACUGUCGCUCUGGCCGGAGCCACGGAUUCAAGUGAUCUGGCUGAUCUUCUCUACAUUGAAUUUGGGAAAGGAUUUGACUACAGGACCCAGUUCACCAUUGGAAUGAGGGAUCUUGGGAGCCAACUGUCAAAGCAGCUGGUCAAUGUUGCUGAAAGGACUUGCUGCCUUUUAUUCUGCAAGUGUAUUGGAGGAGAUGGCACAGUGGGAGAUCCUGGACCGCCUGGGAAAAAGGGGCUGCUGGGUUUCAAGGGCAGCGAAGGCUACCUGGGAGAGGAGGGCAUGGCCGGAGAAAGAGGAGCCAUUGGACCAGUGGGAGAGCAAGGUACUAAGGGAUGCUACGGUUCCAAAGGUCCUAAGGGAAACAGGGGACUAAAUGGACAGGAGGGAGAAGUUGGGGAAAGCGGAAUUGAUGGAUUAAAUGGAGUACAGGGUGACAAUGGCCUUCCUGGAAGAAAAGGAGAAAAGGGUGAUGAAGGAUCCCAGGGAAGCCCAGGAAAGAAAGGGACUGCUGGUGACCGUGGAGCGAAGGGCAUGAAAGGAGACCCUGGACUUCCUGGGCUUGACAACAACAUAGAAGGACCCAGUGGCUUGAGAGGAGAGCCUGGAAGACAAGGGAGAAGAGGCUGGCCAGGCCCCCCUGGAACACCAGGCUCCAGAAGCAAGACAGCAGCUCAUGGCCAAAGGGGACCUACAGGCCCACAGGGGACAGCAGGCAUCCCAGGCCCAGAUGGACUUGAAGGCUCACCAGGACUUAAGGGCCCUCAGGGCCCAAGAGGAGAGGCUGGUGCGAAAGGAGAGAAAGGAGGUCUGGGCGGUAGAGGUCCCCAGGGGCCUCCAGGACCAGGAGCAGAGGCAGGGAGUCAAGGCCAUUUGGGAAGCCAAGGAAAUAAAGGAGAACCUGGAGAUCUGGGAGAAAAGGGAGCGAUCGGCCUCCCCGGUCCUCGAGGCUUGCCGGGUGGUGAUGGCAACCCAGGUUAUGGCAGCACCGGAAGUAAAGGAGCAAAGGGACAAGAAGGAUUCCCUGGAGAAAGCGGACCUAAGGGUGAGCCUGGGGACCCCGGCAGUCCAGGAGAAACCGGACCCAAGGGAGCUAGAGGCCAGACGGUAUCCACUGGGCUUCCAGGAGAACCAGGAUCCCCUGGGGAGCUGGGACCUCCUGGACGCAAGGGUGUGAAAGGGGCCAAAGGAUUGGCUUCAUUUUCCGUAUGUGAGCUCAUUCAGUAUGUGCGGGACCACAGUCCUGGCGGACACGGAAAACCCAAGUGCCCCGUGCAUCCAACCCAGUUGGUGUUCGCCAUAGACCAGUCUCAGGAUGUGACAGAGCAGGAAUUUAAGCAGAUGAAGCAGGUGAUGUCCUCCGUGCUGAGCAGCAUCCAGGUCCGGGAGAACAGCUGCCCCAUGGGAGCGCGCAUUGCUGUGGUCUCCUACAGCUCCCACGCCAGGCACCUCAUCCGCUUCUCAGACGCCUACAGUAAGAACAGACUCCUCAGGGAAAUCGAAGCCAUUCCUUACACGAGGUCCUCGGAUGGCAGGGAGAUCGGCAGAGCCAUGAGGUUUAUUUCCAGGAACGUCUUCAAGCGCACCCUUCCAGGGGCUCACACAAGAAGAAUCGCCACAUUUUUCAGCAGCGGGCAAUCUGCUGAUGCCCACUCCAUUGCCACGGCCACCAUGGAAUUCAGUGCCCUUGACAUCAUUCCGGUCGUGAUCGCUUUCAGCAACGUGCCCGCCAUCAAGCGUGCAUUUACGAUCGAUGACACUGGCACAUUCCAAGUAGUAAUGGUUCCAUCCGGGGCUGACUCCACGCCAGCACUGGAGAGACUACAGAGAUGCACGUUCUGCUAUGAUGUCUGCAAACCAGAUGCUUCUUGUGAUCAAGCCAGACCACCACCCGUGCAGUCUUACAUGGACGUGGCUUUCCUUCUGGAUGGCUCCCGGCAUGUGGGAAGUGCUGAAUUUGAAGACAUGAGAGACUUCCUGGGAGCACUGUUAGAUCACUUCGAAAUCACCCCAGAGCCCGAGACCGCUCUCACUGGAGACCGGGUGGCCCUGUUAAGCCAUUCCCCACCCAGCUUCGUACCCAACACUCAGAGGAGUCCCGUCAGGACAGAAUUCAACCUCACCACCUACAGCAGUGGACGCCGCAUGAAGAGGCACGUGGAAGAGCUGCUGCAGCCACUAGAUGGAGACAGGUUCGUCGGCCACGCCUUGCGGUGGACUCUGGACAAUGUCUUUCUAAGUGCCCCGAAUCUGAGAAGAAACAGAGUCAUAUUUGUGAUAUCUACUGGGGAAACCAGUCAGUUGGACAGAGACACCUUAAAGAAAGAAUCUCUGAAAGCCAAAUGUCAAGGUUAUGCCCUGUUCGUGUUUUCCUUCGGCCCUACCUGGAACGAUAAGGAACUGGAAGACCUAGCCAGCCCCCCUCUGGAUCACCACUUGGUCCAGCUCGGCCGAAUUCAUAAACCUGACCUCAGUUAUGGUGUGAAGUUUGUGAAGUCUUUCAUAACCUCCGUGAGACGUGCAAUCAACAAAUAUCCACCAAUAAACUUCAAAACCAGGUGCAAUAGACUCAGCUCUACAAAUCCGAAGCAGCCCCCACAGCAGUUGCGAAGCCUUGUUCUUGGACUACAGAAAGCUGCCCUUAAAGAAGAUGCAUUACCAAAGGCAAAAUUCUUUCAAGAUAAGAAAUAUAUUUCAAGAGUAGCAAGAAACAGCAGAUAUAAUACUGUUCAAAAUUUUACCAGAAACACAUUCCAUACUUUUAAAAAUGUAAAAAAGAUAAUAAAAGCUGUUCCCAAAAGACAUGAUAAAGGAAGUGCUUGA